AUGGACGGAGGGUACGCGCUUAUUUAUCCUAAUAAUACGGGACUUACAGGUUCAAACCCCAUUUCAACAACUCCUCUUACUCCACAGUUUGGAAUUUACUUCUUGUUAUUAGGAUAUGAAAAAGGAAUCACACAAGGACCAUUCGUACUUUAUCAAACAUUGACUCCAAUAAAUGUUCUUUUACUUGAUUGUGAUUUUACUUAUGUAGGAGUUGGACAAACUUGUAUAAUAAUUGCAAACUCUACACAAUCUGAUAAGACAUUUAUUAAAAUUGAUUUUCUUUCAUCAGGAACUGUAUAUAAUAUUACUACUUUUCAAAAUAUAAAUGUUACAGAUUAUAGUAUUCAAUCAUUAAGAUAUGGAGGUUAUUUAUCUUAUUAUUUAGUACGAAAUAGUGAUAAAAAAAACUUUAAUAUUUAUGGUUAUAUUUAUGGUUAUAUUUUGGAUUAUUACGGUAUCCUCUUUAAUUGGGACCUUACAUAUCCCACGUUGGCAAAUCCUGUAGCUGAUGUUUUAGUUUUACCAAAUAACACACUUGUAAUUCCUCAACCAGAGGAAGGAAAUAGUUGGUCUUUACUCACCACUGAUUUGUAUAAAAUUGAGGGGGAACGAGAUCAUGGUUAUAGUAUUUUACAUAUCAAUACCACAAUUCCUAAAAUUGGUGAUGUCAUAGACCCAUCCGAAACUAAAUUUCUUAUAAUUAAAUAUUAUAAUAAAAUUGUUUUAUCACCAAAUCGUAAUAUUACAAUUUUACAAGAUGAUGGUACUAGUCAUGGUAUUAUACGUCAAAUAACUUCUAUGACUUCUACUGGUAACAAUGGAUAUGACAAAUUUGUGGAACUUAUUGAUGAUGAAUUUAGUUCUAUUAUUAACAUUACAAUAAUUAAUAGUACGUUUAAUAAACCUGGUGGAAGAUAUUAUGUUUUAAUUGAUGAUGGUUUUGCAAGUAGUAAAGAUUAUCAUGAACCUAUGAUUGGUAUACAAAGUAGCGCUUGGAAUUUUACAACUCUCCAAGAAGAUGAUCAUGCAAAUAGUAUAAAAGAGAAAUAUCGAAAAAAAGUAAAUUCUACUAGAAUUGAAGGAAAAGUUCGAUUAACAUUGGAUGGUACCAAUUAUUUUAAAAGUAUUAAACAUGAUAAAAUUAAACGUAAAGAAUUUUUUAAUAAUUUAACACAAGAAUUAGUUAAAGCGAUCCCUGUUAGUUCAGAACGAGUAACUUCAAAUGGAAGACAUGAAAUUGAUACUUCAGUUUCUCCUGAACAAUAUAUUUUAUCUAUUAAUAUUGAAAAAGCUAAGAAUGAAGAUGAAAAUUCAGUUAAUUCAGUAGCUGAUGAUUUAGAUACUUUAAUAAAGAAUAAAUUUAUAACUCUUAUUGGAUCUGGUGAAUAUUCAAAUUAUUUGGAUCAUGAAUAUGGAUAUGUAACCAUACCUAGGUGGAUAGAGGAUAAUUGGAAAAACCUUAUUAUAACAGUUUUAUUUAAUAUUGUAUUAUUCACAUUUUCCUUUAAGAAAGGCAAUUUUGCAAUUUAUGAUUGUGGAAACGCUAUCGAAGAAUUCGCAACGACAAUUCUUUUUACUAGUAUAGAUGCAGGAUCUGUUGAAAAUAUUUUUACCACAAGUAUUUUCUUUGUGACAUUUCCGUUUAUUGUAAAUUUGGGAUUUGCAUUUAUAAUUAUAAUUGAUGAACUUACGAAAACCGACCUUAAAAAAUCAUUAACAAAAGUUAAUGAGCUGUUAAAUAAUGAAACCGAUCAUAAAAAAUCAGAAAAAGCUAGCAACCAUCCAGAAAUAGUCAGCGAUCACGAUCAUACAGAAGAUACGAACGAUCAUACAAAAGAUAUGGAAAUAGAAGUAGCCGGCGAUCCCGAUCAUACGAAAGAUAAGAAAAUAAAAGACGGUGGUUCCAAUCCCAAAGAAGAAUCAACAUGUAACAAACUUAUAAAAGUUGUGAAAGAAUUAAAAAAGAGUAUAGAAGAACUAGAAGAUGUUAUUAAACUCACGAAAGAAUUGAAAGAAGUUAAUGAGCUUAUAGAUCAAUUAGUAAAAUAUAUUGCAGAAUCAGCAGAAGAUGAAGUAAAAGAUACCUCAGAAGAUAAAGUAAAAAAUAACACAGAAGUUGAUGUAAAAAAUAUCAUAGAAAAAUUAAAAGUAAUUAAUGAACUUAUAAAAGAAAUAAUGCAAUUUGAGAAUUUUGUACAUGAAUUAAAAGAACUUGAGAAACUCCCAAAAGAAAUAUUAACGUCGACAUUGAGAAAAGUAGACGAAUUUAUAGAAGAUCCUGAAAAGAGUAAAACGUUUAAAGAAGAAUAUACAAGAAUACUUAAAGUUAAAUUGAAAAAAGUUAACGAACUUAACGUAGACGAAUUUACAAAAGAUCCUAAAAAGGAUAAAGCGCAUAUAAAACUUAAAGCUAAAUUGAAAAAAGUUUAUACAAAUCUUAAAGCUGAAUUGGAUAAAGUUAAAGAGCUUAACGAACUUGCUGAAGAAUUAAAAAAAAUUAACGGCCUUAUGAAAGAAUUGAAAGAAGUUAAAGAACUUUCAGAAGAAUUAGAAAAAGUCAAAAUGUUUAUAGAUAAAUAUGAAGAUAAAGUUGAAGAUGAUGUAGAAGAAGGUAGUGAUAUAAAUGAAAUGAAAAAUAACGAAAAUAGCGAAGCAAUUAAUUCGAAUAAAGAGAGUUGGUAUAGUAAGAUUAUAAAUAAGAUAAAAAAAUUUAUGGCUGAAAGGGAAAAAGAGGAAAAUGAUCGUCAGUCAACACAAAAAAAAGGAUAUAAAAAGUUUUCAAAAUGGUUAAAAGAUUAUAGAGAUAAUCAAAUAACGACAGUAUUAUUUAUUACAUUAGCAGGAGUUGACAUUACACAUUUAGAAUUUCUUGGUUCAAAGAUACAAAUUCGAAUUCCUAGUAACUUCAAUUUUCUUGAAUUAAAGCGAUCUCGAAGUUUUAAUAUUUAUUUAAUGCUAAAUUAUCUCGUGCAGCGGAACGUAAAAUUAUAUGGGGAAAAUUCUUUAACGCUCUUAUCGGGGAUAUUUCUUUGA